GCGCUCGCCCUCGCGCUCCGGACACACGGGACACAGGACGCUGAGGUGCUGAGUCUGCUCCAACACCGGGACGCUGCGGAGGGAGAGCCACGCCAGCGCCGGGGACAGAAAGGAUCCAGUGGAUGACCAGCGUAAGUAACGGAGCAGGAGCUGUGGAGAAGCCAGACUCAUCUGUUCAACCAAACAGGAGUAUUGAGAGGUGAAGCUGCUGAGGAGCCAGGAGGGUCUCCUUGUCCAGGACAGUGUUGCUGUAUUCUUCUUCCAGGAAGGGAGGGGGGAGAGGAGCUGUGGCUAACCUGCAGCCAUGCACCGUUUAAGGACUACAGUUGCAAGGCUUCGGCCUUUAACGGCUGCACAGACAGCUCAGAGCCUAUCGCAGCCCAGACUGUUGGCGAUCGAAAGGGGCUUAAGGACGUUAACGCCUGCGAGGCGCCUGAACACAUCUGUGGUUGCUGAGCCCUUUCUUAAUGGCACCAGCUCUAACUAUGUGGAGGAGAUGUAUUUUGCAUGGCUGGAGAAUCCCAGGAAUGUGCACAAGUCCUGGGAUGUAUUUUUCCGUAACGCUAACGCCGGGGCUCCACCUGGUGCGGCGUAUCAGAGCCCUCCACCCCUCAAUGGGUCUUCUCAGGGACUGGCCAGUGUCCAGGCACUGGUGGGGGCUCAGCCCAACGUGGAGAAACUGGUGGAGGAUCAUCUAGCAGUACAAUCGCUCAUACGAGCCUACCAGGUCCGGGGUCACCACGUGGCUCGGCUGGACCCUCUGGGCAUCACAGCUGCCGACCUGAAGCCCACACCUUCUGAUAUCAUCACCUCCCACAAUAAACUGGAGUUCUCUCAUUAUAAAGAACGUCUUGUCUGUACAACAGGUUUUUACGGGCUGGCUGAAUCCGACUUGGACAAGGUGUUCCGGCUCCCAACCACCACCUUCAUCGGUGGCAGCGAGAGCUCUUUGCCUCUCAAAGAGAUCAUUCGACGCCUGGAGAUGGCCUACUGUCAACAUAUCGGAGUAGAGUUUAUGUUUAUUAACGAUGUGGAGCAGUGCCAGUGGAUCAGACGCAAGUUCGAGACUCCAGGAAUCAUGCAGUUCAGUCUGGAGGAGAAGAAGACUCUUCUGGCCAGAAUGAUCCGAUCCACAAGGUUUGAGGAGUUCCUCCAGAGGAAGUGGUCUUCGGAGAAACGAUUCGGCCUGGAAGGGUGUGAAUCGCUCAUCCCGGCUCUUAAGACCAUCAUCGACCACUCCAGUCAGAGCGGAGUGGAGAGUGUGAUCCUGGGGAUGCCUCACAGAGGGAGGCUGAACGUGCUGGCAAAUGUGAUCCGGAAGGAGCUGGACCAAAUCUUCUGCCAGUUCGACUCUAAACUAGAGGCUGCUGAUGAGGGUUCUGGUGAUGUGAAAUAUCACUUGGGGAUGUACCACAAGAGGAUGAACCGGGUCAGCGACCGCUACAUCACGCUGUCACUCAUGGCCAACCCGUCCCACCUGGAGGCGGUGGACCCGGUGGUGCAGGGAAAGACCAAAGCGGAGCAGUUCUACCGCGGAGACACUGAGGGCAAGAGGGUGAUGUCGAUUCUGCUUCACGGCGAUGCUGCGUUUGCAGGCCAGGGUAUCGUGUACGAGACGUUCCACCUGUCUGACCUGCCGUCCUACACCACACACGGCACCAUACACGUGGUGGUUAACAACCAGAUCGGUUUCACCACAGAUCCCAGGAUGGCACGUUCGUCUCCUUAUCCUACAGACGUUGCUCGAGUCGUCAACGCUCCCAUCUUCCACGUGAACGCAGACGACCCAGAGGCUGUGAUGUAUGUGUGUAAAGUGGCAGCCGAGUGGAGGAACACCUUCCAUAAAGACGUCGUCGUAGACCUGGUGUGUUACAGACGCAACGGGCACAAUGAGAUGGACGAGCCGAUGUUCACCCAGCCGCUGAUGUACAAGCAGAUCAAGAAGCAGAAAAGUGUGCUGAAGAAGUUUGCUGAGAAAGUCAUUGCAGAGGGAGUCAUCACGACACAGGCAUACGAGGAGGAAGUAACGAUGUACGACAAAAUCUGUGAGGAAGCUUACACUCGCUCCAAAGAUGAGAAGAUCCUCCACAUCAAACACUGGCUGGACUCACCGUGGCCUGAUUUCUUCACAAUGGAAGGACAGCCUAGAACUAUGAACUGCCCGUCCACCGGCCUCACUGAAGAAGAGCUCGGCCAUAUUGGAAACAUCGCUGCCUCUGUCCCAGAGAAAGACUUCACCAUACACGGAGGUUUGAGUCGUAUCCUAAAGGGACGUGCAAAUAUGGUGAAUCAGCGAGUGUGUGACUGGGCUCUCGGGGAAUAUAUGGCCUUCGGCUCUCUGCUCAAAGAGGGAACCCACGUACGCCUCAGCGGACAGGAUGUGGAGAGAGGCACAUUCAGCCAUCGACAUCACGUUCUCCACGACCAGAACGUUGAUAAGAGGAUCUGCAUCCCGAUGAACUACAUCUCCCCUGACCAAGCUCCUUACACCGUCUGCAACAGCUCUCUGUCCGAGUACGGAGUCCUCGGUUUUGAGUUAGGCUUUGCCAUGGCCAGUCCCAACGCGCUGGUGCUGUGGGAAGCCCAGUUCGGAGACUUCCACAACACGGCUCAGUGUAUCAUCGACCAGUUCAUCAGCUGCGGUCAGGCCAAGUGGGUCAGACAGAACGGCAUCGUGCUGCUGCUUCCUCACGGCAUGGAGGGAAUGGGUCCGGAGCACUCGUCAGCCCGUCCUGAAAGGUUCCUGCAGAUGUGCAACGAUGACCCUGAUGUUUUCCCCAAACUGUCCGAGGACUUUGCGGUGCAUCAGCUGUACGAGUGUAACUGGAUCGUCGUGAACUGCUCCACGCCUGCAAACUACUUCCACGUCCUCCGCAGACAGAUCCUGCAGCCCUUCAGGAAGCCUCUGAUAGUGUUCACUCCCAAGUCUCUGUUGCGCCAUCCUGAGGCCAGGUCCAGCUUUGAUGACAUGCUUCCAGGCACCCACUUUAAGCGAAUCAUCCCAGAUAACGGGCCUGCAGCUGCUGCCCCAGAAAAGGUGAAGAGAAUCAUUUUCUGCACCGGAAAGAUCUACUAUGAACUGAUCAGAGAGCGCCAGAACAGAGGCAUGGACGAGUCUGUAGCUGUCGUCCGCAUCGAACAGCUCUCGCCCUUCCCGUUUGACCUGGUGAAAGCUGAGACUGACCGUUUUCCAAAUGCUGAUCUGGUUUGGUGUCAGGAGGAGCACAAGAACCAGGGCUACUACGACUACGUCAAGCCCCGCAUCCGCACCACCAUCGACCGCUCCCGCCCCGUCUGGUAUGCGGGUCGUGACCCUGCAGCAGCUCCAGCCACCGGGAACAAGCACACUCACCUCACGGAGCUGCAGCGUUUACUGGACACGGCGUUCGGUCUGGAAGCGUUCUCAGGAAUAUAGUAACCUCCCUCCGCUCACAUCGGACCUGUCCAGCUUCAGACGAGCUUCAGCGUCGCUGCAGGUUUACACCCCACGAGACUCCGGCUUGACCUUUGACCCACAACACUUUGCAUUGACGUGUUUUCUUCCUCAAUAUAUUUACAUAUCAGACCUGUUAUCAGGCAUAAUCUUUAAGCUGAGCGCACAAUGACAACACUGUUACCAUGACGACCUCGUGUUCACAGUGACGGACACUUAUAGAAAAGCAAUGUAUUGAAUGUAUGAAUUUAUGCAAUAAUUAAUUUUUACGAAAGUUUUAGCUCCUUUUUUUAUUCUAUUUUAUUUUGUUAAUUACAAAAUCAUGUCAACAUGCUCUGCAUCUACCAAAAUAUUUGAGCCAUUUAUUGAACGUAAAAAAUAUUAGUCUGACAAAGACAUAAAUGUUAAGAAAAACAAACUCUGGUGCAAAUAAUAAAAAAAUCUCAGAAGUAAGUGUAUUCACGUUUUUGUUGAGAGUUGUCUGAGAGAGUCACUGUGCUCUAACAAGAAAUAAUCUGGCACAUCUUGUUGUUUUCAUAUCAGGUUACUUUUGUGUCACUAUUAUAAUCCAAAAACAUUUUGGACAACAAAACUGCGGCCGCUGCAGUCAAAACAUUUCAGGUAAAAUAAAUGUGUUAUUCAAAACGUAUUAAUGCAAAUCAGAAUGUUUUUUCAGCAAAUUUGAAUGUGUAAAAAGUGUAAAAAUAUGGAGGUACUUGUUAUGAUGCAAUGAAAAAAAAAAAUUUUUUUUAAAUAGAUUGUCAAAGCAAAGCUGCAAUUUAAAAAUGACUAAUGACAAGUAAAAAAAACAUUACAAUUAAAUAUGUAUGAAUGCAAAUCCAAAAUUUCAGGUUUUCAGAAAAUCCAAAACUGGAUUUGCAAAUAAAAGUUUUGUAUUUACAUUAAUAUGUUUUAAAUCACAGAUUACUUUACCUGCAACAAGAUAUAAUAAGAUAUAAAAUAUGUUUUGAUUGCAGUGUGUAAAGUCCCUCACACUUGACAUUUGUUUUGCAUAAUAAAGACACUAAAGUAACCUGAUAUAAAAAUGACAAUUUAUGGUUUUAAACUUGGUUCUGCAUCAAAUGUGCUGCACUACUUCUUGUUUGAGCACAGUGACUGUCGUAAGCUUUAAAGGAGCCAGUCAGCUGUUUCCCACUGUUUCCAGUCUUUAUGCUAAGCUAAGCUAACCAGCAGCAUAUUUACAGAUGUGUAACUCUCAGCAACAACUAGAAGAAGCUUAUUUCCCAAAAAUAUUCCUUCAGAAUGUUUCCUGCAGUUCAUUAUAACCUGUGACUGGUGAAAAAAAGAAGAAAACAUGGUGAUAAUUUAAGAUGUUUACGAUAGCUGAAUGGUUUUAGGGAUAUUUCUGGUUUUAGGGAUAUAAGAUGUUUCUGAUUUUAUUAACUGUGACUAAAACAUUAGUGGCUGUCUCUCUGGUGUCAAAUGUUUUUCUGUUAGUAAAGACACAGAUCACAGAGGCUCAGCAUGCUUCUGCACUUUUAUCUUGAGUUGAGCAGCGACUUUAAGACGACGCGGGAAUGUUUAUCAGCAUGCAGACAGAAGGGAGGACCCACACGUUUAUUACAAACACUCACCUCAUCACUCUGCAUUAUGUUCUGCUUCCUUCCUUCCUAUUUAUUUCCUCCUCUGUGGUUCACUCACCGUCCUGCCACGCCACUGUAAAACCUCUGUUUGUGCCAAAUGUAACAGAUUACUUGAAAUUACAUUUGAACUAAUAAAAAUAAAAAAAUCAUGCCUGCGAUGAAGGAAACGUAUGUAAAGACAAGAUGAGAUUCCUCAGCUCCUCAGAUUUGAAGGAUGUAUUUAUUUUCAUAAAAUGUUGUAUGUUUCAUUGUUUACGAUAAAUAAAAAUUACAGUUC